AUGCCACCCAAGAAGAAGGUCGACGGUGACAGUGCCGACACUGGCGGCGACGGCAAAUUCCGCUGGACCGCCGAAAACGAGCGCACCCUCCUCCUCCUAGCCAUGAACCGCGGCACCCUCACCAAAGACGACUACCACAAGAUGGUCGGCGCCUUCCCCGGUCCCGGUACAAACUGGGACGCCAUCCGCCAACGCUUCAUCAAGAUGCGCAAGGAGCAGCGCGCGCUGUGUGAGCAGCUAGAUUGGCCUCUCCCUGGUGACGCGGAGAAGACUCCUACGAAGACUCCGGGCAAGUCGUCGAAGAAGAGGGAGAAGGGCGAGGACGGUGCUGGUGGUGACGCUGAGGUUGCUGGUGAGAUGGAGUCGCCUACCAAGAAGCCGCGUGCCCGCAAGCCGAAGAAGGAGGUUGUUAAGAAGGAGGUCGAGGAGGAUGACGGACUUGGUGGUGAGCUGUACCGUGAGCUAAAUGGGGGUGAUGGCGUUGUCAAGGAGGAGCUGCUUGAAGAGGGUGUUUAG